UGCUGGGCUUCGGCCGCCACAGUCGCCACAAUCGCCGGACUCUCUGCCGCGCGCGUCUCCUUCUGGACCCACAAAGGAGCUGCAGGUUCAAAAGACAUGAAACAUGAAAAUUAAAAUCAAAUUACCAUCUUGUAUUGGUAUAAAAUAUAACAUCUAAUAAAAUGUCUGAAAAGGAGGGUUCUUCAGAAGAUAUCACUAAUCAAUUUGGGAAAGAAUCUAGAUCACAGUCGGUGGAGGAGCCUGGAUUUAGUAAAGAAACAUCACAUUCAUCAAAUGAAGCUUCUGAUUACCUAGAAGAGAAAUUUUCCAACAAGAUUAAUGAAACGCAUCCUAGAAAUGAUUCAUUACAGUCAACAUCUAUCUCGGGACUCAAAGAUGAGAGAAAUGAAGAACAAAAGGAGAGUUUUCAGAUUUCUGAGACAAUCACUAGCAAUGCCAGCCCACUGUCAAAAACAGAAGCUUCACAAAGUUUAUCAUCAAUAGCUGAGAUGAUAGAAAAACAUCAGACUUCCCUUAACUUGCUAUCUCAUGAAACGGUAGGAAAAAUAAGUCCAAAAGUUUCUGAAGAAAAUCUGAAAGGGCUUCCCUUAGACUCAGAUAACUUUACAGUUAAUCUUGUGGCCAGAGGUUUAAAAGAAUUCCCUAAGGACAUUUUAAAAAUUAAAUAUGUAAAAUAUCUAUAUUUGGACAAGAAUCACAUCACAAAUUUUCAAGGGGCACACUCAGCUGAUCUGCUAGGAAUUGAAAUUCUGUCCUUGCAAGAAAAUGGAUUAUCAUCACUUCCGUGUGAAAUUCAGUUAUUUCAUAAUUUAAGGAUACUAAAUAUUAGUCACAACCAAAUAUCACAUAUACCUAAGGAAUUAUUACAGCUUGGGAAUAUCAGGCAACUCUUUUUAAAUAACAAUUAUAUUGAGAGUUUUCCUUCUGACUUAGAAAGUCUUGGAAGCUUGGAAAUUCUAAGUUUGGGUAAAAAUAAGUUAAGACAUAUACCAGACACUCUUCCUAGUUUGAAAAACUUGAGCAUUCUCAAUCUGGAAUAUAAUCGAUUAACAAUAUUUCCCAAAGCUCUAUGCUUCCUUCCAAAGUUAAUUUCACUAAACCUUACUGGAAACCUGAUAAGCAGUUUGCCAAAAGAAACUAGGGAGCUUAAAAAUUUAGAAAAACUUUUACUGAAUCACAAUAAACUUACCUUUUUGGCUGUGGAAAUUUUCCAAUUGUUCAAAAUAAAGGAACUCCAACUGGCUGACAAUAAGUUGGAUGUUAUUUCACACAAAGUCAAGAAUUUCAGAGAACUUAGGAUUCUUAUGCUAGAUAAUAAUUUAUUGAAAAAAAUACCAGAGACAAUUUCCUACUGUGUGAUGUUGGAAUGCCUUAGUCUUAGUGAUAAUAAAUUAACAGAACUUCCUAAGAACAUCAAUAAGCUUAAACAUUUAAGAAAACUCUAUGUAAACAGAAAUAUGAUGAUGAGAAUAACUGAAGAUAUCUCACAUCUUCAUAAUAUAUGUAGUCUAGAAUUUUCAGAAAAUAGAAUCACAGACAUUCCUAUUGAAAUUAAAAACUGUAGAAAAGUAACUAAAAUUGAAUUAAAUUAUAAUAAAAUAAUGUAUUUUCCAGUGGGACUGUGCGCUUUAGAGUCUCUUUAUUAUUUGAGUUUGAAUGGAAAUUAUAUUUCAGAAAUACCUGUGGAUGUAUCUUUCAGUAAACAACUGCUUCACUUAGAGUUUAGUGAAAACAAGCUUCUUGUAUUUUCUGAGCACUUAUGUUCUCUUAUUAAUCUUAAAUACCUGGAUCUUGGUAAAAACCAAAUAAAGAAAAUUCCCCUAUCUAUUUCCAAUAUGGUAUCACUCCAUGUACUUAUUUUAAGCUGUAAUAAAUUUGAAAUUUUUCCUAGAGAACUGUGUACGUUAGAGAAUUUGCAAGUCCUUGAUCUUUCAGAAAACCAAUUACAGAAAAUCCCUGCAGAGAUUCAUAAAUUAAAAGGAAUCCAGAAAUUAAACUUCUCAAGCAAUCAGUUUAUGUCUUUUCCUACUGAACUGUGCCAACUUCAAUCACUGGAAGAGUUGAAUAUAAGUCAAAUAAAUGGGAGAAAGUUAACAAGACUUCCAGAAGAGCUGUCUAAUAUGCUUCAACUUAAAAAACUUGAUAUCUCAAAUAAUGCAAUCAGAGAGAUUCCAAGAAAUGUAGGGGAAUUGAGAAGUCUGGUUAGCUUACAGGCAUACAACAAUCAAAUAAAUUAUCUUCCACCAUCUUUUCUAUCUUUAAAUGAUCUCCAGCAACUAAAUCUGAAAGGAAAUAACCUGACAGUUUUGCCAAGUGCUAUCUAUAAUCUUUCUUCACUGAAGGAGAUAAAUUUUGAUGACAACCCUUUGCUGAGACCGCCAAUGGAAAUCUGUAAAGGAAAACAGUUAUACACUAUUGCAUGUUAUCUACAGAGGGCAGAUGAACGAGACGAAAAAAUUUUGGAGAAGAUAUUCAAGAUAGUUGCCCACAACAUUACUGAAACGAAUUUUGAAUUUCUGUGUCAAAAACUAAACAUGACAAACUUAGAAGUUGAUAUGCUAACAAAGAGCAAUGUUUCAUUAAGUGAGAGAGUCUACCGAGUACUUGUUGCAUGGAAAAUGGAAAGUAAAAAUGUAUCCCUAACUACUGCUGCUUUAAAAGACCAACUUGUUCGGGCACUAACUAUGAUAGGAGCAUAUGAAAUUAUGGACAAAAUAACAGCUUUUCAUCUUUUUACACGUGCAAUUAAAUUUUAACCAGUGGAUCCAUAACAAAUCUCAAAACUUGUGAUACACUUAAAUAAUUAAAACUGGAUUUUGUACUAGCUCAUAUUUUGUCAUGUCUUUUUUCAUGUAUUUCUAAAAAAUUAUAAUAAUUUAUAACUACCUCUGUUAUUAUAAUAAAAUGUUAUACUCUUACAUAUUUGUUCUGUUGCCUUGGAAUGAUGAUAAUGAAUUUGAAAAUAAUUCCAUUUAAAAUUUCCUAUUUAUAAUACAUUUAUACAACCCAGGAUUUACAGCUAACUAGGUCAUUAGUGACUUUCAUUAGAGUUAUAAUGCAGUGUUGGGGUCAGAUAGUGGUGCAGCUGUAAAUGACACUGUAAGUUUGAUUCACAUGAAAAUGUACCAGGCUCACAUCUGGAGACCUCUCUGAGUAUACCAGGCAUAUCUGUGCUCAUGAUCUGAGUUUGGCUAGAGCUGGGGGCAGGUCAUGGUGUCAAGACCCAUACUGGGUGUUGACUCUUGUCUCUCUCACUCAUAGGAGAAACAAAUAGGCUUCAAAACAGAAAUGAAUAUACCAUCUCUACUUUUUCUCCAUUAAGAAUGUUAUAGUUUAGUUAAACACACUGGUUCAGGGCCAAAAACACUCUAGUUGAGUGUCCAGACCAAGUUAGUGGACUGGGCUUCUACAGCCUUUACAUAUGUGCUUCUCCUUAUCUUCUGCUACCAAAAAAAUCUCUUUCAUAGGGGAAAUGCAUAUCAUGUAUUUUAGGUGGACCUGAUCUUGUCAUAUCUAUCUCUUCCCCCCCUACAGCCACUAACAUCAAGGUCUACUGAUGUAAACACAGUGACCGACUCAGGAAAAGCCAUCUGCCUCCUAGCCGAGCCAUUAAGAACUUUCCUUAGAACUUUUUUGCACAGUUGUCAGGGAAAAAACUCUUUCUGCUGGCAUGU